UUUAAUUACUCACAUUUGUCUAAGUAGCCAUUGUUGAAGUGAUUUGAAGGUGACACAAAGUUUGAUUUUGGGCUGAAGAGAGAGAAGAAAUAGGUAACAAGAUGAUGAUGAGAGAGAGAGAUGCUUGCAUAUGCAUAUGUAUACUAAUUGUGAUCACUGCACUGAUAAGAUCAAACACAAACAAUGUGGAGGAGCUGCGGCGGCGCCGCCGCAUUCUCUUGGAUACGGAUAUGGAUACCGAUGACUUAUUUGCUCUCUUGUAUAUUUUGAAGCUCAACACAUCACACUUUGAUUUGCAGGCUGUUACCAUAAACACAAAUGGAUGGAGUAAUGCAGGGCAUGCCGUAAACCACGUCUACGACUUGCUUCACAUGAUGGGAAGAGACGACGUCGUUGUAGGCCUCGGAGGCGAAGGUGGGAUACUUGAAGAUGGCACAAUGCAGCCUGAUAUUGGUGGAUAUCACCCCAUUAUUGAACAGGGGAAUAGCACAGCAGGAUAUUGUAGAUAUAGGCAAGCAAUUCCAUUAGGCCAUGGAGGGAGGCUAGAUGUUGAUACAAAUUUUGGGCUUAGAAGGAGCUUCCUCCCACAGGGAAGCCGGAGAUAUUUGCCUCUGCAGCAGCCCACCGUGCAGCAAGUGAUGGUUGAUAAGAUUUUAGCUGGUCCAAUGACUGUUUUUGUGAUUGGGGCAAGCACAAAUUUGGCUGUUUUCCUCAUGUCUAAUCCACAUUUGAAGAAAAACAUCCAGCACAUAUACAUCAUGGGUGGUGGCGUGGGGACGAGCAGCCCGGCCCGUUCCCCCGAGCAGCCCGGCCCGGCUGAUGGGAAUCUGUUCACUGGCUUUAGCUCCAAUCCUUAUGCAGAGUUCAACAUGUUUGCAGACCCUUUUGCUGCAUAUCAGGUGAUACAUUCUGGCAUCCCAGUCACUCUUGUCCCUCUUGAUGCCACAAACACCAUCCCAAUGUCUGUGAAUUUCUAUGAGGAAUUUGAGAAGAAUCAGCAUACCUUUGAAGCACAGUACUGCUUCAAAUCCUUGCAAAUGAAUCGGUAUAUGAGGCAAGAUGAUUAUUUCUUCAAGGAUUACUCAAUGUGGGAUUCAUUUCUAGCUGGUGUAGCCACUUCAAUCAUGCUCAAGGAAAACAAUACUAAUGGGGAGAAUGACUUUGCUGAAAUGGAAUACAAGAACAUAACUGUGAUCACUUCAAACGCGCCUUAUGGGAAGCCGGAUGCCUCAAAUCCACUCUUUCGCGGCCUAGAGAAGCCAAGGUUCGACUUGGACAUGGAUGGGGUUCACAGUGGCCAUGUUCAGACUGGACUGCGCGAUCCAUUCUGCAUUGUCAAGAAUGGGAAGGGCAGGUGCAAGGAUGGAUACACAGCAGAAGUAGCUGGCAAGGAAGGGGUUCGAGUUCUUGUUGCUGUGAGAGCAAAGCCUAGCAAUGACAGCAACAGCAAAUUGGAGAAAGAAUACUUCAGAAGCUUUCUAGAUGUUUUGAACAGAAAAGAGCAGACUGCAAAGUUCAACUUCACAAAGCAGUUUCUUCAUCACAGAGAGGUCUUUUACAAGCCGGAUCUCGAGGGGAGGCAGCUCGGGAAGAACGUUGUCUUUGACAUGGACAUGAGUGCUGGAGAUUUCCUAGCACUCUUCUAUCUCCUCAAAUUGCCUGUUGAAGUUAUAAAUCUCAAAGGGAUACUAGUAACGCCUACUGGAUGGGCGAAUGCAGCAACGAUUGAUGUAGUCUACGACGUGCUGCAUAUGAUGGGACGAGACGACAUCCCAGUGGGCCUAGGAGAUUUCUUUGCACUCAACCAGUCUGAUCCCAGCUUCUCAGAUGCUGGUGACUGCAAGUACAGCAAAGCCAUCCCACAAGGCAGCGGUGGCUUGCUUGACUCAGACACCUUAUACGGCCUUGCUCGUGAUCUCCCUAGAAGCCCUCGGAGGUAUACAGCAGAGAAUUCAAUGAGAUUUGGAGCUCCAAGAGACACUGCUCAUCCUGAGCUGAGACAGCCUCUAGCUCUUGAGAUAUGGCAGUCAGUGAUAAAAUCACUCAAACCCGGAUCGAAAGUUACUGUUUUGACAAACGGGCCGUUGACAAAUGUUGCAAAUAUCAUUCUUUCAGACAAGAAUUUGAGCUCUCACAUUGAGGAGAUUUUCGUAGUCGGAGGGCGUAUCAGAGGCCGGGAAAUAGAGAAAAGAAAUGUCAUCAACAUCCACUCAAACGAAGAUGCAGAGCUCAACAUGUUUCUUGACCCUUUGGCUGCAAAGACAGUUUUCGAGUCAAGACACAACAUCACGCUCAUCCCACUCCACGUUCAACGCAGAGUCAGCCGACUGGAUGAGGCUCUAGAGAGGCUCCACGCAACAGGGAAGACACCGGAAGCAUUAUUCACAACGCGUCUUCUCUCAAGAAUGGUUCGGCUGAGAAGGACUCAUGACAGAUAUCAGCAUGUGGAAAUGUUUUUGGGGGAAAUUCUCGGUGCAGUAGUCGUGGCAGGCAACGAUUCGUAUCUAAAGACAACCUAUGGAAUGAGGAAGGUUAAGGUGCUGGAAAAUGGUGCUUUGUCUGAAGAUGGAGAGAUGAGUUCAGUGAGAGUGGUGGAUGAUGUGGAUUCUUCGGCUUGCUAUGAUUCGUUCGCGGCUCGACUAGGUGGCAAGGAGCAAUCUGCUGUAAUUGGAAGCUUUGGAGAGCAGAGAAGGCUAUGGAGUUCUCCACAGAAGUCCUCAAAGAGGCCAUGUUUAACAUAGCAAGAAAAUGUUCAUUUAAUGCAUAAGGUAAAUAUGGAGGCUUUUUACAGUAAUGUAAACAAACAAAGACAGAAAAUUCACAGAGACAUCAACAAAGAGGCCAUCUUCUUACAGAAAUAUCAAGAGUUGUUUACUAUGAAAAUGCUGUGAGAAAUUGUCUAUUGCAUUAUGUGAGCAACAUUUUUGAUGGCCUGAAAAUGCAUUAUUUAAGACAGGAGUUUCCACUUUGAAAAAAAAAACAGCCAAUUUUCAUACAAGUGGAAACCUCAAAAGCUUGCACAACCUUAAUCUCAGCCAAACUUAACUGAUGCCACCAAAAAACUCACACAAAGUUUCUCCACCAACACAUCAUCACUACUAACACCCGAUGCCCGGCCCGUUCGCCUCAGGAGCAGUCGUUCAACGUGGGGACCACACCGCCGGCCGCCACAAUCUGCUGCUCCAA